GUUGAUAACUCCGCCCUCCGUAACUUCAGUAGUAAGGUAGACAUGCCAGCAGCGUUCUCGUCUUGAUCAGCUCGUCACUCGCACCUGCAUUCUCCUAGUACUUCGAUCGUAUCGCAUGAGCGCUGGGAACGUUAGCGUACUCUCAUGUUUUCUUUGCCUGGCUCUCUCUAUAAGGCCUGCUUCCGCCUCUCGCUCGAAAUUGACGAAUUUGUGGGCGAGUCUGAGAAGAUGGGGCUAACGAUGAGUAUGGUCGUGACCAUGAAUCUCCAUCCGCUAAUAGCGAGAUUGUUCGUGGCGUUUCUUUUUUCCUUUCAGUCAGCGUUUACUGACGGCCGUCCGCUUCGUUCAGGCAACCGACACUUCCUGACGAGAUUCGAUUUAGCGCGCUUUGACCUCCUAUUCCCUCUGGAUCGUCAGUCAAGCCGCAAGCAAGUCGCUCCAGGCGCAGGAAACGUCUAUUACAAACAGUUGGGCAAUGCAGGAAGCAUCAACAAUCAGGGAGCGCUAAACAACCAAGCAGCUCGAGCCGUGAAGGACGGACCAGGGCUCGGGGACGCCAACGUGCGACAGCAGAACUCUCAGACGCAAACAGCAGCUUCAAACCCUGUCACAACCACAGUUCAGGUCGACGCUGCUACUUCGACAAACAGCUACACAGGUUCAACUUCAGGCCUCCCAGCUGCCGCUGUUAUCGCACCAGGGGUGGGAUUUAGUGGUCUUGGUCUGGGAGCGCUAGUCACAACCCUUCCUGGUCCAGAUCCUCUCACGAGUGGGCUGGUACGGCAAGGAACAGACCCUAGGUGUCAUAGGGAUCUAAGUACAGGAGGCGCUUGUGAUGAUGGUGCAUCUAUCUUCACGUCCAGAGUUCCUAUUGUGACAAUCUCCUCUCUUGGUUGAAAGUAGACACCCUGAUUGUAGACUCUCUACGGAUGUCAUGCUGACUGCUAUUCAUUUGAACUCCCUGUAUCAUGAGGUCUCUCGCG